AUGUGUUUGCGUUGUUCGGAUCGGAAGAUGAUGGGAUACGCAACGCGAAUCAUAGUGGAGGUACUGAGCGCUGAGCCGUAUUGGAAGUUCAGUGGAGCUUGCGAACAUAGGUCACCAGUACCGUUGUAUUCGGGGUCAAAUGUCUUACUGGAGAAGUAUGGGAAUGCUGGAUUGAACAACUGGAUAUGAGGUGCCAUCAAUUGCCUGAUUCUGCAGCUUGUGAAUGAGCGAGACUCUUGAACAUCAUGGUAGUGGUACGCUUGAAAGCUGUCGACAUACCAGCAGCUGGUCGACUACGAUAUGGAUGGUUUUCUGAGAAAGAUCGGUACGAACUUCUGACAGUCCAAGGCAAGCCUGAGGGUCUAGACAUUCGUUUGGAUCCAGUACUAGUACCAGAUUGCGCAAAUUGUGAUUGAGUUGUAUCGGUUAAACCUGUGAACACUGAUGAUGUC